AGGUGUUUGAGAACCCACCUGUGAGUGCAGCGUCAUUACAGAUAACACAAGAGAGUCAUUCUUGAAUGCCCUCCUGAAUGCCCCCCUCACUUCCUGCCUGACUGUGGAUGGGCCUUGCCCUGUGGGCGGGAGGGGGUGGCUGUGUGACUUCCUGGGGCCUGCAGUAACAAGUGACCACAGGCUAGGGGGCUUAAUAGACAUUUAUUCCUUCCCAGCUCUGGAGGCCAGAAGCCCAAGAUCAAGUCCGAGGGCAGGGUUGGUUCCUUCCGGAGGUUCUGGGGGAGGAUCCAUUCCAUGCUUCUCUCCAGCCCUUGGUGUCCCCUGGCUUGUGGUUGCAUGUCUCUGGUCGCUGCCUCUGUUGUCACAUGUCCUUCUCCCUGUGCGUCUGCUUUCUCUUCUUACAAGGACACCACUCAUUGGAUUGAGGGCCACCCCAAUCAAGCGUGGUAUCAUCUUAACUAAUUAUAGCCCAAUUUCCAAAUAAGGUCCCAUUCUGAGGUUCUGGGUGGACGUGAGUUUUGGGUGACCCGGUUCACCCCAGGACAGAGCAAUGAAUGAUAUUGGGGACUAUGUUGGUUCCAAUCUGGAGAUAUCCUGGCUUCCCAACCUGGAUGGCUUGAUAGAGGGCUAUGCUCGCAACUUCCGGCCUGGCAUUGGAGGGCCUCCUGUGAACGUGGCCCUCGCCAUCGAGGUGGCCAGCAUCGACCACAUCUCAGAGGUGAACAUGGAAUACACCAUGACCGUGUUCCUGCACCAGAGUUGGCGGGACAGCAGGCUGGCCUACAACCACACCAACGAGACCCUGGGCCUGGACAGCCGCUUCGUGGACAAGCUGUGGCUCCCGGACACCUUCAUUGUGAAUGCCAAGUCCGCCUGGUUCCACGACGUGACCGUGGAGAACAAGCUUAUCCGGCUGCAGCCUGACGGGGUGAUCCUGUACAGCAUCCGAAUCACCUCCACGGUGGCCUGCGACAUGGACCUGGCCAAAUACCCCAUGGACGAGCAAGAGUGCAUGCUGCAUCUGGAGAGCUAUGGCUACUCAUCCGAGGACAUCGUGUACUACUGGUCUGAGAACCAGGAGCAGAUCCACGGGCUGAACAAGCUGCAGCUGGCCCAGUUCACCAUCACCAGCUACCACUUUGCCACGGAGCUCAUGAACUUCAAAUCGGCUGGUCAGUUCCCUCGGCUCAGCCUGCAUUUCCACCUCCGGAGGAAUCGGGGCGUCUACAUCAUCCAGUCCUACAUGCCCUCCAUCCUCCUAGUUGCCAUGUCCUGGGUCUCCUUCUGGAUCAGCCAGGCAGCGGUGCCCGCCAGGGUGUCUCUAGGCAUUACCACGGUGCUGACCAUGACCACGCUGAUGGUGAGUGCCCGCUCUUCCCUCCCGCGGGCCUCGGCCAUCAAGGCGCUGGACGUGUACUUCUGGAUCUGCUACGUCUUCGUGUUUGCUGCGUUGGUGGAGUAUGCCUUUGCCCACUUCAAUGCUGACUACCGGAAGAAGCAAAAGGCCAAGGUCAAGGCCACAGAGCAGAGAACAGAGAUGGACGUGAAGAAUGCCAUUGUGCUCUUCUCCUUGUCGGCCGCUGGCGUCACCCAGGAGUUGGCAGUGUCCCGCCGGCCCUGCCGCACGCCUGGGAACCUCAUGGGCACCUACAGGUGUGUGGAGAUGGAGACGGGGGAGGCCAAGAAGCGGGGCGGGCACCGCUCGGGGGGCCAGGGAGGCCUCCGUGGGCUUUUCAAGCCCAUCGACGCAGACACCAUCGACAUCUACGCCCGCGCAGUGUUCCCUGCUGCCUUCGUGGCGGUCAAUGUCGUCUACUGGGCAGCCUACACCAUGUGAGGCUGCAGGUACCUAUC